AUGGCCUAUGGAACCAUGUGUUCAGCAAGACAGAGUUCCGUGUGCUCAUCCUUGGAGUCCAUAAGGCUGGGAAGACGAUUCAUACCAAAAGUUGGCAUGCUUCCAGUAAUGAAUAUGCAGACCUUGCUAGAAAAGUUGAAGUCAAUCUAUUUGAAAGGAGAAGGGCUUCCACAUGAUCGUAUUGGUCCAACUGUGGGGCUUAAUAUUAGACGUAUUGAAGAUGCAAAUGUAAAACUUGUUUUCUGGGAUCUGGGAGGUCAGCCUGGCCUAAGAACUAUAUGGGAGAAAUAUUAUGACGAGGCUCAUGCUAUAGUAUAUGUUAUCGACUCUGCCUCCGCAUCGACAUUUGAAGAUGCCAAAUCUGCUCUUGAGAAAGUACUUCGUCACGAGGAUCUGCAAGAGGCGCCACUACUCAUAUUUGCCAACAAACAGGAUUUACCAGCAGCUGUCAGAGAAGAAGAAUUGGACAGACAUCUUCACCUUAAAGAGUUUGACGAGAGGCCAUAUAUGUUUGUGGCGGGAUCUGCGUUUGAUGGGACGGGGAUCAAACUGGGUAUCGAGUGGUUGGUAGAAGAAAUGGGAAAGGGCAGGCGCACCGAGGCUGAGGGCACGCACCAACACAUAUGCGAAGAUUUAGCACCAUGA